AACGGUUUUCAAAGUGUUUGAAUAUCAGAAUUUGGCACUUCGCCCUCUACGAGGGCAUAAAGCCACAAGGAACAAGAAGAAGAAGAAGAAGAAUGUCAGAAGUGAAGACUCACCACGUGAAUCGUCUAUCUGUAUCAAUCUGCAUCCAUUCAUUUCAAUUGCUUGGGAAUAGAGAAUAUUGAAAUUUUAGAAUUCUACGUUUUAUUGUAACAGUGACAAGUUUUAUUUGACCGGUUCAAUGAAUAAAAGAGAUAAAAGUGAUGUGCUUCAGCACGAUUCCCAAAGCGUUGAAAAAGAUAUUAUUUUAAUAUCCGAUAGUGAAGAUGAGGAUACUAGUCAUUACUUCCAACAAGCACAUGAACGAUGGAUUAUCGACGGCAGUGAUGAAAGUGCUCAAGAUGAUGGGAACAAUAUCGUCUGCGAAAAUACUUCAAGGGAUUCAGAGCUCGAUGAAAGCUUUCCAAAAUCAAGAAGUAACAAUGGACGUGUAGUUAAACCAUUAUUUGAUGACAAAAGUGAUGAAGAAAAUGUUAAUUAUACUGUAAGCGAUAAUGAUAGUGUGCAUGAUGUUGAACAUAACAAUGGACAUGAAAUUAACAAUGAUUCUGACAAAUUAAAUAUGCAUGUUUUUGAAAAUGAAGAUAGUCCAUCUAAUGAUAAGCCAAAGAAAAAAAAUGAUAGUGUAUCCUCAAGCACUUCUGAAGACUCUUAUAGUAAAUCAGCAUCAAAUCUUAAGAAGGAAAGUCCAAUACAAGAUAAGUUUCCUGAUCUUGCUAUGUCAUUUGCAAAAGAAGAAAUUGGUGUUGGUAAUGUAGAUCCAGUUAUUGCACAAAGAAGAGCAAUGUUAGUUUGUAAUAUGGAACAAAUCAAAAGUCAACUGACUAAAUCCAAGUUACUAUUGAGUGCUGCCAAUCUUAAUUUACUGCCUGAUGGAGGAGAAAAGUUGCGGCAAAGUAUAUAUUGUCAAGAAGAAAAAUUGGCAAAACUAACAGAUGAACUAAAGAAUUUGCCUUUGACAAAACCAAUGGCUCUUCCUCAGUCUGAAAGUAUCGCAGGAACAUCUAGCCAGAUUCAUUCUAUAAAGAAUUCCUUGAAACUGGAGGUAUUACCUCCAACAGAUAAACUACUUGGCAAAAAAGCUCAGGAAACUUUGGAUCGAGAACGUACAUUGACCAUAGAAAGACUGGAAGAUCUUCACGCAUCCCUUGUACGACGUCCCACAGACGAUCAGGCAGCGACUGAUCCAAGAGGACUGAAAGUUUCUUUAAUGUCUCAUCAACAGCAUGCUCUUGCUUGGCUUCUCUGGAGAGAGCAGCAAAAACCUGCUGGUGGAGUAUUAGCUGAUGAUAUGGGUUUGGGCAAAACACUAACAAUGAUUGCAUUAGUGAUGGCAUCAAUGGCACAAGAUAAACCUGAUGAUGAUGAUGACGAUGAUGAUGAUGAUGACGAUUAUAAAUCGAUAUUGCAUAGAGGAGGAACACUUGUUGUUUGUCCACCUUCUUUGUUGUCGCAAUGGGAGGGGGAGGUGAAUAAUCGGUGCAAGCGUGGAAUCCUAUCCGUAAAGAUUUACCAUGGAAACGAUCGAGAAACUAUUUCAAAACGACUGGCACGAAAUGAUAUGGUUAUAACCACUUAUCACCUAGUUUCCAGAGAAUAUAAAUCCCAUUCUGUACUUUUUAAGAUUAAUUGGAAGAGAGUGAUUCUUGACGAGGCACAUGUAAUAAGAAAUCACAAAAGCCAAAUAUCAGAGUCUGUUUGUAAUCUCGUAGCACGUAGGCGUUGGGCAUUAACAGGGACACCGAUUCAGAAUAAAGAAACGGAUAUGUAUGCUAUCCUUAAAUUUCUGAAGUGUUCUCCAUUUGAUGAUCUGCGAGUAUGGAAGCGCUGGGUGGACAAUAAAAAUGCAAGUGGACAACAAAGAUUAGCCACGGUCAUCAAAAGUUUAAUGUUGCGUAGAACGAAGCAAGAGUUGCAAGCUAAAGGCUGCUUAAAUAAUUUGCCAGAUAAAUGUCUUGAAUUGGUAGAAGUAAAUCUCGAUCCGGAAGAACAGUUGGUCUACGAAAAGGUUCUAGUAUAUUCAAGAACCCUUUUUGCACAGUUUCUUUCACAAAGAGCGGAAAAGGACCAUACGAAUGAACUAAAUGCUGGGAAAUAUGAUAAACCAUACUUCAUGUCAAAAUGUAAAACAACCCAAUUCACAAAAGCACAAGAUCAAUUGCUCAGUCUUCAUGCGGAUGUUAAGGCUCACCAGAUUUUGGUACUUUUAUUAAGAUUACGACAAGUUUGUUGUCAUCCAGCUUUGAUACAUGCCAUGUUAGAUCAAGAGGAUGUUGAGCAGAAUGGUAUCAUUGAUAAUGAUGGUGUGGAUACGGAUUUUCUUUCGAAAGUGAAUAAUCUUACGAUAGAUACUAUGAAUGAUAGGGAUGAGGAUAAAGACAAAGAAGUUGGAGUUGACGAAAGAGUAGUACAAAACUUGCUUACUUCAAAAAAUCCAGUUUUUAAACCAGAGCGUCAGAGUUCAAAGAUGAGGAGUGUACUUACCAUGGUACAAGAAAUUAUAAAUAAAGGGGAUAAAGUUAUCGUUGUGUCACAAUGGACUAGUAUGUUGAAUGUUAUGGCAAUGCAUCUCAAUAAUUUAAAAGGGGCCACUUAUAGAAUAUUCUGUGGAUCUGUCGCUGUAAAAGAUAGAGAGGAAAUAGUAAACGCCUUCAAUGAGGAGAAUGCUGAUCCGAAAAUUCUGUUGUUA